AUGAAAUCAAUAAAUUCUGUGUUUGUUUACAUAUCGUUAACAAUUGCGUUAUGUUCACGCAAUGUUUCCACGUACUGCGGAAAUGAUGAACAGAUCGAAGAUCUACAAACGGCGUUAAUUACACAGGAAUCCAUUUACACGGCAUUGACAACACUAAGCGCACUACCGGUAACCGGUGCGACGUUAGGGUUCGCGCAAGUGAUGCUGUCCGCUCGGUUUACUUUGCAUUUGCAAGAAGCAUUUGAUGAAAUGGAGAGUUCAUUGAAUAAGGAUCAUGAAGACUACAGAAAGUGUUCAGAAAUCUUGGAAUUGUCAAAAACAGCAACCACAGUCAUGAAGUCAACUAGUUUUGGGUUCUCUCUGACUUCACUGAUACCGGGUAUCGGUUUGGCAUUUUUGAUUCCGAGGUUAUAUACAUCGAUAUCUGCUAUGGUAAUUAUAAGACAAAGAUUAGGAUCUUGGCAAAAUGAAGGUUGCAAAAAUGCUACAACAAGAGAUUGUAAUUUAUAG